AGGUGGACCCCGCUUAGUGUGUGUGAAUUAAAAUCAUACCCACGUUGUUCUUCGUACGACGGUGGGCUCGAUAGUUGGCGGUAUUUGCCGAUUCGUCUAAUUUGAGGCAGUGACGGAGAAGACGAAAUAUUGAUACGUUGCGGAAACAGGUUGGGGGUCUUUAUCUCCUUAUCAAAUUGCUAAGCAGUACGAUCGUGAGGAGCUCUCUAGAAUUUCGAUACACUAGCUUAAAGGAAUUUGAUUGCACUUCAAUACUGAGUCGAGUGUAGCCUUGUCUGAGAUACUUAUGAGCCAGGGUCUUGGUGCCUCUUCUAUCAGUUGUGUAGCAUGGCCUCUGCGUUAAAGAUGUCAUAGCGGUGUCAGUGGAAAUAUAUCAUCUGAAUCACAGCGCUGUUGCAACAAACGGGAAAACACAGUUGUGGAAGGCAAACGGACAUAUUUUGCAUAGAGGAAGCUCAUUUCUUGUCCCAGAUGACAUUUGGGGAUAUUAAAUAUUAACUCUCAAGCAAGGGUUCUAUUUUCAACCUUUGACGUGUCUAAAGACGGUGUCAAGGACGGGAAUUACUGUUUAGUGAGGUACCGCUAAUGAUACAGUCGUGCCUACAGGGUCUCCACAUCAUUGAAGUUGGACGGGUUGGAAGCGAUUCUGUGGUUAAACUGAUUUAUUGAUUCUCUUUAUCAACAAAUUGUAGAGGAUUAAAUUAUUGAUGGGGGUCGAAGAGGCACCUUCAUCUUUGACACAGACAGACGCUAUCUUUCACUGCUGAACCCAUAUGUUCAAGAUUAUUUGGAUCAUGCACACGAUUUGAGCGUUCCUUAGUCUAGCGGUUCUGAGGACACACGGCAAGACUGGUGGCUUAAGUGCCCCCGCGUAAUGAAAUUGCGUCUCCGAAGAUCAAUGCACUAGAUCCAAACCCGUCAUAACAGCGAGCCCACUAGCACCCUACUGCAGAUAAAAGCUCUGUCUUGACUACCGCGCCUAGGACUGAUUGUCAAUUUAUCCGUUCCGUCAUCCAUGAGUGCCUGUUGACAGAUAGUCAGUGUCAGUGUUGUGUUGUAGAAUCGUUAUUAAAGCCGCUGAUCAGGAUUUGAGGAACAUCGCUCUACCAACCAGUGAUGUGGCAGAGCACAGCUGUAACAUUGUGACAGAAGCCUUAUGCGGAACUGUUGUUACGAUCUACGUGACGCGAAUUCCUUCAUGGAUGCUCAUUCUCCUACAACCUGAGUCCUAUUUCAGUCCUUAAGGAAGACGUCUACGUUUUUACCAAAUACUCACCCACUGAUAAUUAUCUUGGGUGAAUGUGUGUUAAGCGCGGGGGUGGAUCGGAGGUGUCUCUAACGUGGAGGUGAAGUGUUUCAUAGACAGCUUACUCUGAAUGGAUCUGAGUAGGCCUAUGGAAAUCAUUUUACAAGACCUGAUUUCACACGGACAGGUAUCACACAUUCAGGUAAAUUUGCAAGUAGUUUUAUUUCCUUUCCGUCCUUAGUCCUUCCGACAGCUAAACGAUAAGGUCGAUCUCAGUCACUGCUCGUUCAGCACUUGAAAUUUGAACGCCGUGAGGAUGGCUUGAUAUUUAAUUGAAAUUUGAAAGCCUUCUUGACAGCGUCAACAUCGUCUUGGUGUGUUUAAAUUGAAGAUCGUGGAUUGUACAGAUGUUUGACACCUUAUUAGGUUUGAGCAGGAGCUACUAAUCACAAGAAACGCCUGAUAUCAAGUUUCCAUUAAACACAGGGACAUAAUCUAUCCAUCGUCCAAAAUGUCACACACGAAGACGGAGACAAUCGUCAAAGAGAAGAUUCUGAAGGAACCGCCGAACAUUAUUGUUCAUAUUCGUUUGUUAUAUAUACUUACUCUCAUAUUAACAACUCUGUUUGGGAUUUCAAUCUGGUUUGGUUACACAGAACUUAAACGGCUUGAGGAGGAGUUGAGAAGUAAAGUGUACCAGAGGCAUUUUGAAUCAUGGAGAAAGCUCAAUAGUAUUUUGCGCCAGGACGAUGUAUUAAACUUGUUAGGACCAUUAGCAGAAUCAAGCCGUGAUGUGUCCCCUAAAUCAAGUAUUAGCUCGAAGGAUAGACGAGAAAAGCGCUCAUCAUCAGACGGAAGCUACCAGUAUGAUACAUUUGAAUGGUGGAAGAGAAAGCCCCACAAUUCGGAAACCUUCAUACACACAUACUGCAGACAGGCACAACUAUAUUGUGCAGCUGAAGGGAAGCCAGGUCCCCCUGGAAGGCCAGGCAGUAGGGGUUCAAAGGGAGACUUUGGCUCUGCAGGUUUACCAGGCCAGAAGGGCGAACCAGGAGUGGCUGCACUGUCCUUAUAUUCCGGUCUUCCUGUUGAAAACCUACGGACUCUUGGGAACUUGAGAGGCCCCCCAGGGCCGAAAGGUGACAAAGGUGAACUUGGCCCAUUUGGUCCUAAGGGGCCCCCAGGUAAGACGGGUGUGCCAGGACCCCCGGGGCCUCCUGGCCUGGAUGGCAUGCCAGGGAUUGAUGGACUACCUGGUGUUCCGGGAGUUAAGGGAAUGAAGGGGAAUAAAGGAGGACGAGGACUGCUGGGAUUCCCCGGCAAGAAAGGACCAAUGGGUUUAGAUGGGCCCAAAGGACCACCAGGACCGAUGGGGCCGCCUGGAAAGGAUGGGCUGGAUGGAUAUCAUGGACAGUCAGGGUUGCCUGGUCGAAACGGAACAGACGGUAAACCAGGCAGGAAGGGAAGAAAGGGAGAUGAUGGUUUGAACGGAACGCCUGGCACUAGGGGGAUGAGUGGAGUCCCGGGGGUACCAGGACUUAAAGGAACGAAAGGAGACCAAGGACAGAUGGGUUGGCAGGGCCCUCCCGGAGUGUGUACAUGUUUACCCGAAGAGAACUCUGACCGACUACAAAGACUGGGAUACCCAUCAUACCGAGAGAAUGUGUUAUCGGGCCCAAGGGGUCCUCCCGGACAGAAAGGAAGCAAAGGUGAUUCAGGGAGUUGUGAGGCUCACUGCAAUGAAAACGCUAGACGACCUAGAACGACAGCUAUAUUUAUUAAAGGAGCCAGAACCUCAAGCGUUGCCAGCAGCACGGGUCACGAACCAAGACUGAAUAUGAUCAUCAUGACCUUAACAUGCGUGUUUGUUCUGACAACAAUAUCGACACUAGUAGCAGUACCAUUCAGCAUCCAACACCACCUGGGAUGAUGACAGAGCGAUACUGUUGUUAUACAUGUAGAACGUGAUGCUAUCAGAAAUUGUGAAAAACAAAGUGUAGACAUUAGGGUGCCUAUAACAUGUGUUUUUCAGGUACGUGUCAUUUAGUUUUAGUAAUGACAGGUAUGAGCAUUCUAUGCAACAUAGAAUAUGUAGUGUACUGACAUAUGAACAGUACAUGACGCUAUAGGCUGAUGCGUAGUUGGCCGAAGACUUCCAUACAGAUGGCCUGUUUAUGUCACGAGCAUGAACGCAUGUACAGAUUCUGCUUCAAGAAGGAUAUAAAUUGUAUGAAUCAAAUUAAUCCUUUGGACGAAAUGUCAUGGAUGAAACAUUGACAGGAAUAUGCUGUGUUGGGGAAUCACCGAAAGAGUAAGCUCAACUUCUUCUCGUUUUCAGUGUACCUGUGAUGAAACGUACCAUAUUCCGUGUCACUGUCCAUAUUGUGUGUACGUAUGUUAUCAAGUUCAACAGUCUGUGAAUAGCCAUGUUAAUAUACAUUAACAACAUCUUCUUAACAUGUAUUGGAUUACACUACAUUCUAGCAUUGUAUAAUUACAUAGAUUUGGUUUCUUUUGUAUUACAGAAAUAAUCAAUCUGUAAUACGAAGGUGUGUAAGUUUACGUCAUUUUGAAGGGUAAGGACAAAAUAAAAACCUAAUUUUAUCAAAUAACUAAUCUGAUUUCAUAUGGUGUCUAACGGUUGGUGUAUUGUGUUUCAAUAUGCAUGACUUACAAUUUGCUAAAAUGGGGUGAUUCUCAUUAGUGUCAUCUUGUUGAGUGUUACUGUAUAUAGAUGUGAAUAUACAAUGCAUAAGUUGAAAUACCAUCCUGGAAAUCCUACUUGAACUUGUCAUUAGUCCUUACUGAAAUUACAGUUCGAUAGACAAUUCUAGCCAGGAAUAAGUAUUUUAAGUAAUACAAGUUCCCCGUUCCUGGAUAUAAUGAAUUAUGUUGCUGUUUACCCUAGUAUUAAAUGCAUAUACCAUUGUUUUUAUAUUAGUACGUUAUAUUUGAAUUUUUAAUGAUUUGUUACAUAUAUUUAAAGAGAAGUUCAUGAGUUUUGUUUUGCUCAAAAGUCAUUAAAUAUGUUGUUAUAUCAUGUAUAUGAUAUGACUGAUAUUACCGUUUCAUUGUCAUUUGGCACAUGAUGAUCAUACGAUUAACAACGUUAUAUUGAUUGUCAUACGAGUAGCAAAUCAAAUAAUGUGAAACUGACAUAUAAUGCUUAUGAAAUGAUACGAAAUAUGACAUGACACUUAAGAAGGGUAUAAUAUUUGGCGAGACGUAUCACUCAAAAAAAUAUAAAUUGAUAUAGGACAUUUGUUAUGUAAUUGUGAAGAAUCUGACAUGGCAUACAUGGGGUCUGAAAUGACAUGACAUUACAGCAACAUCAAAAGAGUUAUACAAAUCUGUUUUGUAAAUGUAUGGCAUUAAGCUUGAUCAAAACAAACACACGGUAAAACAAGCAGGAUGGUCAUUAGUUUAAGCCUCUCUGUAUAAAACUCAGCUUCUGAAGUAUCGUUUACUAACGUUUGCAUAGAAGUAGUCAUGUGAUACAACCUGUAAAUUUAUUUGUUAGGUGGAAUUAAUGCGAAUAUUUUGAAUGUGAGCACUUGUUAAUGGUCUCAAGAUGUAUUGGUUGUCUCAAUGUUUUAACUAAAGCGUACCAGGCAUAUUGUGAUGAAUAUACAUAUUAUCGCUCAACAGAACAAUUUGUAACAAUGCGUUGAUACGCCAUAUCAACCAUGAAUUUAUUUUGUCGUUACCGUUUAUGCGGUCGCAAUUCCGGUGUUGCUGAGAUGCCAUGCCCCCUGCUUAUUUCAAACGUCACAUCAAGGCAGUUAAAAUAAAACAUAAAUAACGUUUAUCUGGAAAGCUGAAUCAAAUUUAUCCUCACGUAGAUUUAUGGUUUCUUUUCAUACCUUUAUCGAAUCAUUGUUACAGUUUGUUCUGCCACGUGUGUCAGUAUAUAUAUUCAUUUCACUACUGUUUUUCACGAACGGUGUGUGACAUUUACUGUGAAUUAUGUUCCUGAUUAGUUUUAUGUUUAGACCGGUAGACAGAAUGUCAGAAUUGCAAAGAACGAUGGCUUCCACGGGCGAGAUCUUGUAGAAAUGCUACCUUUCAUGAAGAGAGUUUGUAUAUUUUUGUAUAAACAUUGGGAGGUUGUGUGAAAGGUUGUGACUCGUAACGGAACACCGUGUCAAUGGCUGUAACUCAUUGUUCAUAUGCCUUACUGUUCAAUUGAUGUUUACUUUUUUAUUUGAAUAAAGGACUCCUCUAAGGUGGUA